AUGACUACCCCAGUCAAGCGUUCAUAUCACGGAUGUGUUCGAUGCAAACGUCGCCGUCAAAAAUGCGAUGAACAAAAACCGAAUUGCGGGCGGUGUUCCGAUGCCAACGUCUCAUGUGAAUAUAAAAUUACCUUGAAAUGGAAUGGCCGCGUACCAAGGAAGGGAAAGUCCUCCUGCCAAGAAGGAAGGGACGAAAUCACAUUCAACUUGCAGAGCAGCAUUGGAAAGUCCUCUCAGUAUGAGCCCAUUUUACUACCCGAACAAGAUUGGGGACACGAGACCUCUGCAGCAUGUUCGAGUUUCAGCCUACAACAACCUUCUCCGGCACUGACAAAAACGAGUCGACUACUCCUCCAUCACUUUAUCACCGAAACGUCAAAGAUAUCAAGCUCCGCCCAUAUUCGAGACCAAAUAUGUCAGACCAUUCUCCCCAUGACUCACCAAUCCGACUCGUUACUAUAUGCUACAAUGGCAUUUGCGGCCCUUCAUCGUUAUACCCUAUUGAAUGAACUUCCACCUCAAUUCAUGCCUGAAGAUCUCGUUGCCAGUUUGAUUGCCUCCAGCAUGCGAUACCUACGUCGAGAUCUUGAGAAACCUGGUUAUCCAGUCCAGCCUCUUCUCCACACAAUCCGCACAUUAUGCCAUUGUGAAAUAUUUUCCGGUCGCGCGAAUUCUUCCUGGCGCGUCCAUGUCAACGGUGCAGGGGCCAUGUUCAAUGAAAUUGCAUCACGGAUAAACUUCAAUGAGUCGGAAUACAGUUUCUGGCUCUGGUCUCGAUGGUUCUGGUCAAUACAGGCCUUGACCGCGACCACAGAGGUGGGGAAAGUCUCAGAGCUGGCCUCUGCGAACUCCGUCAUCCAAGAGGGUGAUCAAACCUAUUUCUUCGACACGUAUACUGGAUAUUCCUCAGAUCUCAAUAUCGUCCUUAUGGAAAUUGGCCUUUUGAUCCACCGGGAAGAGGCUGCGGUUCUCGAUACUGAAUCAACGGAGUCUACUAGUGCCAUUGAGCAGAAGUCGGAUCUUCUUGAAACCUCGAUCAAGUACAUGAUUCGUCGGGAUACCGAGUUUGGCCUCAAGUUUCCUGGCAAAGUCUUGCACGAUCCGGAUAUGACUGUUCAAUUCCAAGCUUGCAAUACUGCCUAUCAAUACGCCAGUCUCAUACAUCUUUACCGAAGGGUAAACGGCCUUUCGUCAUUCAGUGACGAGGUUCAGGGCUGUGUAAGAGCAAUACUGGACUCUGUGUCUGCGAUUACUCCAGUUACGACACUUUCACCUUGGAUUCUUCUUACCACCCCUAUAUUUACUGCCGGGUAA